GGAUUAUCUCACAUAAGAUGAAGUAGGAGGUAUCGUUGCCAAAGGUCUAGCAGCUCUCUAUUUAGAAAGGCCGUAAUUUCCUAUUGAUUAUCUUGCCAAGUGGCUUCUCACAUAUUCUGAAUUACUUAAAAAAUAAAAGACAAGAGAAGAAAGAGUAAUGAAUAUUAUUUCAUGAUUCUUAGUAACAUGUAAAAGAAACAAAGAUUAAGGAAUUUAAAGUUCUAACUGAACAAUUAGCAUACUUAUAAGAAGAGAGUCUAAGACUUGAAAAUUAGUAAAAGGAGAAACAUGAAUAAUUUUUGGAAUCAAUUAAAUAGGCAAAAUAUCAUGAUGAAUUCUUAGGUGAUGUAUUUUGUGAUUAUGUUGCAAAGCGAUUUGUAAAUAAAAUAUCUAAUAAAAGAGAGUGAAUUCGUAUGUUUGCGAACUUGAUUUUCCAAAAAAGGAAAUUGAUUUAAAUUAGGAAGAUGAUGAAAAUGCUCACAUCAAUUUAGAAGGAACGAAACUAUUGACUUAUAUUUAUGCUGAUCAAAAUUCAAAAUUCCUUAUAGGUUAAAAUUUGCUCCCAGAAACAGGAGUUACAUAUGAUGCAUUGAAAGAGCCACAACCAGAUGAAAAUGGUGAAGUAAAUUAAACUAAUGGCAUCUAUGUACAAAAUGUUGUCAAGGAGCCUAGAAUCGUGUUUCAUAAAUGGCCUAAAUUGGGUGCUUACUAUGCAAUUCCUCUUACCUAUUAGAGUUGUCUAUAUGAGCAAUCAUUUGAUUAGGGUAUCGAGUAGAGACAGCAAUAUUUAAUACUUAAAGAGAAUUAAGACAAGGAAAGAUCAGCAAAAGAAGCAGAAUUUGAGGAAAGACUUGAAUCUGAAGAUCCAGCAAUUAUUGAAUAGGAGAAAUAAGCAUAUUUGGCUAGUUUAGAACCUCUCUUAGAGCCUUCAUUCGCCUAAUAAAAAAAGGAGUAUGUCUUUUGUAUAGAUACUUUGGGUUAGGAUAGAGAAAUACCUGAAAAUCAUAGACAAGAAAUUUUCGAUUUAGUUAAUUUGUUAAUUAAACAAUGGGAACUCUAAGAAAUUUGGUCAAUGAAGGCUGAUGUUGAAUUAUAAUUGCACUAUUAAUCAAAUUUAGGUGCUCCAUUCAAGGAAGUAUUAGAAAACUGGGCAAUUGAAGAAGAAUAAUAUAUUGAUAGUCAUUCAGAGAAAUUAGCAGAAUUAAAAGAAAAUGAAAAAUUAUUAGCUUAUGAGACUGAUUGUUUGAGAUUGGAAAGAUUAAGGGAGAAGUUAAGUGAUAAGGAAUUUAUUUAACCUCUGUUAAAUCUAAGUAAUUGUAGAAUUAUAAAAUUCAAUACAAUCCUCUAAGCAGGUCUAUAUUUAAUUGGAGCUAAUAAAUCUGAUAUUAAUUUGCCUGAUACUAAUAGAUUAAAUAUAAGAAAGUUGGUUCUUGAUGAGAAUCUCAUUUAAUAGAUAGUGGCAUAUAACCAUAAAGGACCUAAACCAGAACCUUAAUACAAGUGGUGUUAUGUAGAUCGAGUUUAGAAAAGAGUUGAAAAAAUCGAAUAAGAAUAAGUGGAUGCUUACAAUUUAAUUUUGGGAAGAUUGCUUAAAUUUUUAUAGUUGACAUGCAAACUAAGAAAACUAGAUAUCGAAAUCAGAAGAGAAAAUAUUGCUAAUAAAAGAAAGUAAAUUGAAUAAUUGAAAGAAGAAGCCCAAAAGUUGUUAGAACAAAAGGAGUUAGCAUUAAAAGAACAUAAAGAAUAGGUAAAUUAGUUAUUUAUCAAAGUUAUCUCCUGAAGAAUUAGAAGAAUUUAAUUAAGAAGAGUGGGAUGCUAAUUUUGAUAGUGAGCAUCCAAUACCAGAAAUACCAGAAAAUCCGGUUGACGAAAUUGAUGAUGAUUACAUGAUGGAGCCACCUCCACAAUGA